AUCCUGCUUCGUCAGGUUUAUACCAGUUUACUUGGUGUGCUGUGUUAGUCACCAUGUCCGAAACAACGCCUCCCGCUCCCGCCGCUUCUGCUGCUCCCGAGAAACCUUUAGCUGGCAAGAAGGCAAAGAAACCUGCUAAGGCUGCAGCAGCCUCCAAGAAAAAAGCCGCUGGCCCUUCCGUGUCAGAGCUGAUCGUGCAGGCUGCUUCUUCCUCUAAGGAGCGUGGUGGUGUGUCGUUGGCUGCUCUUAAAAAGGCGCUGGCGGCCGCAGGCUACGACGUGGAGAAGAACAACAGCCGUAUUAAGCUGGGCAUUAAGAGCCUGGUAAGCAAGGGAACGUUGGUGCAGACGAAGGGCACCGGAGCCUCGGGUUCCUUCAAGCUCAGCAAGAAGGCGUCCUCCGUGGAAACCAAGCCCGGCGCCUCAAAGGUGGCUGCAAAAACCAAGACAACGGGUGCAUCUAAAAAGCCCAAAAGGGCCACGGGGGCUAGCAAAAAGAGCGUCAAGACUCCGAAAAAGGCUAAAAAGCCUGCGGCAACAAGGAAAUCUUCCAAAAAACCCAAAACUGUAAAGCCCAAGAAAGUAGCCAAAAGCCCUGCUAAAGCUAAGGCUGUAAAACCCAAGGCGGCCAAGGCUAAGGUGACGAAGCCAAAGACUGCCAAACCCAAGAAAGCGGCACCCAAGAAAAAGUAAAUUUGGUUGGAAGCUUCUUCUAGUUAACCCAACGGCUCUUUUAAGAGCCACCUAAGCAUUUCAGGCAAAGAGCUGUAGUACACAGAUGAAAUCCCCCAAGCAGAUGCAACACGCCCUCAAUUAUAUUAGAAUCACUGAGAGUCAAUAGGAACUUUUAACAUAGCCUCGUCUGGUAAGAAUUUACUACUGGACCUAUCAAAGAUAGCUAGGUGAAUCCAAAUGCACCGAGUUAAGAAAAUAGUUUUAAAAUAAUCUGGGUUUUGUUUUUCUUUUUUUGUGGAAGUAGCCCAAAGUCCCGCGUCUCACGACCCCAAGCUAAUUAGUCAUAACCGUAUUGAACCAAGGUUGAAGCCCAGUCCCAGGUUUGAGGCUUUUUAUUAUACAAGGUUAAAGUGGGGAUAUUGCGUUUUGGGGUCAAUAUUGCUAAAGUAGCCUUUU